ACAAGCCAAUCACCGAUGUUAACCUUAAGACCUUUGAGUACACAUCUUUUAGUGGUGACAGACAAGUCAUAAUCAUUGUAUGUUGCAUUGUGCUAUGGUUAUUCUGGAACACAGUCCACUCGAAGAAGGAAAGCUAACAGACAUAACUUGUCAGUGAAAAAAAAAAAAAAUCGACGCUCUGCUAUGAAUUUUGGUUCUAUUUACAUGAUUUUUCUCCAGUGCGCUUUUUCAUCUGCUGCCAAAGACUUGUACAACAAAACUUUUUGUGUUGGUAAAUCGUCUGGUUUGCACGCUGACCCAGAAGAUUGCAGAGCUUAUUAUGAUUGCAAUAACGACAAAACACGCCAUCGUACAGGGUUAUCGACCGGACUUAUGUUUGACCCAAAAAAGAAGACAUUCGUUCAUUCCUGGAAAAUGAACUGUGCAGUAAAAAAAGUGUACCGUGAACUUUGGACAAAUGUACCAGGGUCCUCAGUGACUGAUUUGGAAUCCAGCAGUUUGUAUCCCUGUGCUCCUUCGAAGACGAAGUUCAUUGACACGUUUUGUGUUUACAAUCCAGACAGCGGCGAUUAUUAUGGUCAGCGGUUAAGAUCUUUCUUCCGAGCUCCUGAGACAGGCAAUUAUACCUUCCAGACUUCCUGUGAUAACGCCUGCCAGCUAUGGAUGAGCAACAGUGAACUUCCCACCGGGAAACGUCUAAUCGUUGAUCAGCGCAAAUAUAACACACGACAUCUCUGGGAUAAGUCUGAUGAUCAAUCUUCAGAAAAGAUAUACCUUGAAGAGGACAACGUGUACUACAUGGAAGUAUUACACAAGGAGGAUAUACUGUAUGAUUUUAUGUGUGUCGGAGCGAAAUUUCCUACAAAAAAGAAACAGCAGCCCAUUUCAUCAAAGCAUUUUGUCAUGGAAGGAACAGAACUGGACCUUAUCGGUUGCAGAGGAAGUGAGCAAGGAUUACAAGAUGUUAAAUGUCAAGCAGAACGUUGUAAAACUCCAGACGAAAUGCUCAAAACCUUCAAGCAGUCUAUGGAUACGAUGACGAAAAGUUUGAAAUCAAUACCUUCAGACCAAUCCCCUGCUUCGCUCCAGCAAAUUACGCAAGUCACAAAGGAAAGCACGAAGACCAUAAACGAUGUACUAGUAGAAAAAACAAAAGAGCAAUGGCGUCGGUCUAAUACGAGUUUAGCUAUGGAGAUUGCAGAGAUCACGGAGUCGUUUGGUAAAGAGUUGGCUGACAAAUGGUCCAAUGAAACAUCUGCAGUCGGUUCAUCGGAGGACAACAUUUUUCUGCAGGCAUCAGUGUUGUCUGGCGACUACAGAUUUCCAGUGUCUAACAUGGACAAAAAUUGGAAAGAAAUCAACGAUUUCCUCACUUUAAAAGUCGCGGAAAUCAAGCUUAAAGAUAAAACCAAGGCUUUUAGUGUCAUUUACAAGAGUUUGCAUGAAAUGCUACCAUCGUCUCCAUCCAAGGUUGGAAAAGAAAAAGGCAACGAAACGAAUUACGAGCUUAACAGUCGCAUCAUUGGAAGUCUUGUGACGCCGUCAGCUACUGGUAAAAACCUGGAUGUCCGUGUUACUCUCCAGCACUUAAAGUUCAAAUCAAAUGCCACUCAGGUACCAAUGUGCGUGUGGUGGGACUUCACUGCUGGGGGCGUAAACAGCACUGGCCUAUGGUCGACCAAAGGGUGUGACGUGGAUACUGCUGCUUCAAAUGAAACCCACUCAGUCUGCAAAUGUGACCACCUCACUAACUUUGCAGUGCUGAUGCAGAUCAAAUCGGACUCAGACCUGGAGGUUGAUGAGUCCCAUGCUGUAGCAUUAGAGAUCAUCACUUACGUGGGCUGUGGAUUGUCGUUGAUUGGCGUUACCCUUACAGUCGUCAUCAUCAUAUGUUUGUCCGGUGUGCGUUCAGAGAGGAACCUCAUUCAUGUAAACCUGUCGCUGUCUAUCGGCAUCUUUCAAAUUAUUUUCCUGGCAGGAAUUGAAGCAACUAGUAAUGAGGUUGCCUGCACGUUGGUAGCGGUGUUACUUCACUAUUUCUUGUUGGUUUCAUUUGCAUGGAUGUUAAUUGAAGGCGUCCAUCUCUAUGUUAUGGUCGUCACUGUUUUUGAAAACAGCAAAGAACAACUUCGUAUAUACGGAUUAUGCGCAUACGGUUUGCCUGGAAUUGUUGUUCUUAUUGCUGCCAGUGUUGCCCAUGAUGGUUACGGUACAGACUCCCGGUAUGAAGUCAAAUUACUGUUUGAAGCCACAUGGUUGGAUAUCACGUUGUUUUUAGACCAACUGGGGUUCAUCAGUAUUGACCAAUAUUUCAAACUUUUCCUAAUAACGUUUUUUCUAUUGAAAAUUUAACUAGACUUCACCAACUACUAGCAGCAUCCAAUGUAUACAGCCGGAUUAGGCUGUCUUACUAUUGAUAACUACAAGGAAAUCUGGCUCUCUUUCAUUCUAAGUUGUAAAAGCUUGCUUUGCAUGGUUUACAGCUAUUUUGGAUUCAGAAAAGGCACUUGUCAAAUUGACGCCUUGGAAAAUCAGUUUAUAAUAAGUACAUUAAAUUUAGGUUUAUUUACGCAUUUUACGUUUUCCCUUCAAGGGAAACAUGAAACAUACACACACGCAAUUCAGUUAUAUACACAAGAGACA